AUGGGUUCAAUCAUCACAGCUUCGCCCUCUAAAUCCGCCCUCGGCGUCGAAGGCUACGCCCUCAUCACCGGCGGCGGAUCCGGCAUCGGCCGCGCAACCUCCCUCCUCCUCGCGCGCGAACACAGUCUCGGCAUCGCCCUCGCCGACGUCAACGAGACCGGCCUCCUCAAAGUCAAAAAAGAACUCGAAGACGUAGCCACGAAUCCAGAGUUCAGAUGCAUCACCGUGGUCGUCAACGUCGCGGACGAGAAAUCCGUGCGGGAUAUGGUCGCCAAAGUCGUGCAGGAGUUCGGGAGGAUUGACUUCGCGGCGAAUGUUGCGGGGAUUGGCGCGGUGAAGGGACCGAUUGCUGAGGGGAAGAUUGAUGAUUGGAAUAAGAUGAUGGCGGUUAAUUUAACGGGGGUUUGGUUGUGUGUUAGGGAGGAGAUUUUGGUGAUGAGUGGGCAGAAAGCGAGGGAGUCAGCGAGCACAUACGCCCCACUCCAACGCGGCUCAAUAGUCAACAUCGCCUCCCUAUUCGGCGUAGCAGGCGGCCAUCACUCAGGCGCCUACACAGCAGCCAAGCACGGCGUCGUUGGCGUAACACGUACCAGCGCGCUCGACCAUCCUGAAAUUAAAUCCAACGCCGUGGUGCCGGGGUAUAUUGAGACGCCAUUAACUUCCGUCCCUGGAGAGAUGCGGAAUAACGCGCUGAAGAAAGUGAAUGAUUGGACCCCCAUGAAGAGGUUUGGAAGACCCGAGGAGGUGGCGGAGAGUGUGGUGUGGUUGUUGGGGGAUAGGAGUAAUUUUGCGCAUGGGAGUUGUUUGACGCUUGAUGGGGGGUAUAUGGCGCAGUAG